CCAAACUCUUCAAUCCAUCUCUGUUUUCUUGCUCCUUUUCUUGAUCCAUCGUGUCCAUUCAUUCCCACCUUAACUGUUCAUUCAUACAGCAACAAUGGAGGGAGGGGCCAGAGGUAAAGGGGACAUGAUGGCCCAGGACAGGAUUUACAGCAGGUCAAGAAAUUGGUCGAAGAAGGAAGAAGACUGACUGACAGUGACACACACAGACAGAUUACAUAUAGAUAGAUUUGAUCAUCAACGACUACCAUUUCCAUUCCCUAUUUAUAGUGAGGCUGAGGCUGAGGCUGAUUGAAUGAAUCUAUUUUCCCGCUUCCAAUGGCUCUUUGUGUUUCCUUUUAAACGAUCAAUCGUGAGGGGCUUUCGCUGUCCGAGGAGAAAUCGAACCAGUGAAAAUAUGGAGCGACGAAGGAGGAUUGAUGGCAGACAACUGCAGUGUUGCGCUGUUCGAUUCCCACAAAAUUCUCCAAAUAUAUACUCCAUAAUCUCCGGUUUUCUUCAUUGCAUUCCCCUUUUGGCUUCCUUCAAUAUUCCCCCCUGCGUUUCUCUUUCUCUCCGCUCGCUCUUCGUCGUUACUGGAGAAAGAGAAAUAAAAAUAAUACAAAUAAAAUGCAUCUGUUUCGCAGUUGAAAUCUGUUGGAUUAUCAGGAGGAUUACAGCCUUUUCGCAUUAUUGGCAUCAAUGGCUGCGGAGGGGAUGUCGCAAUUCAGUGUAGAAUCAAUGGUGGAAGAUGUUCUUCAACAACAUGGAAAGAGAUUUUCUGUGGAAGCUUCAUUGCAAAGAUAUGAAGCAGCCCGAUGGCUGCGAAAGAUGGUAGGCGUUGUAUUGGGGAAAGACUUGCCGGCUGAACCUUCCGAAGAAGAUUUCAGACUUGGCUUGCGAAGUGGGAUUAUACUUUGCAAUGCUCUCAACAAAGUCCAGCCAGGCUCGGUGCCGAAAAUAGUCGUCGAAGCUCCCUCGGAUGGAGCUGCAUGUGCCAACUCUGAAAACAUUAGGAACUUCCUUGUUGCGACCGAGCAAAUGGAAAUUCCAACUUUUCAGGCCUUCGAUUUGGAAAAGGGAGGGGAGUCCGAAAGAGUCGUUAAUUGUGUCUUAGCGCUUAAAUCAUACCAUGAAUGGAAAAAAUGUGGUGGAAAUGGGCCGUGGAAAUUUGAUGGAGAGUCUGUCGAACAAAACCAAGCUGUUGGGAAAAAUUCUGAUAAAGUUAUGGGAUUCAUGUCUAGGAGCUCAUCUUCCGGCGACAUUUUGUUGCCUGAGGACAAUUCCUGUAGUAGUCCGGCUAUUCGCCCCAAUGAUGUGGGCAUAUCUCCUCACUUGCACAAGCUUGUCUGCGAUCUUCUUGCCGACAAGAGCCGAGAAGAUAUUCCUCUUGUUGUGGAUCGUAUGCUUUGUAAACUCAUGGAAGAGUUUGAGCGUAAACUUGUCACGGCGCAAAGUAAGCCUAAUGAUUUCUCCAGGUUGCCUUCUUUCUCCAAAGCUUCGCCAGAGAACGAUGUUCCCAGCUCCAACAAUACGCGCAAAAUAGAGAUUCCUUCGGCUUCAGAUGAUAAGGAUGUUCCCGUUCCCAGCUCCAGCCCACCGGUGGAGACAGAGAUUACGACACCUAAACAAGAAGAAAAUGUUUCCAGUUCAGAAAAGACAGCUCAACCAGAGGCAAACAAAACAAGCUUAGCGACGCCUGUGAGUUGCGUUGAGAAGAAACUUGAUUCCGACGAUUCAAAAUGCCAUUCAUUGAAGUGCAAAGAGUUAGUCGAACGCCAGCAGAAAAGCGCAGAGGAGCUGAAGAACAUGCUUCAUUCCACUAGAGAUGAAAUUCAAAAUCUAAAAAUGAAGUACGAAGAACGAUUUGAAGAUUUCGGUAAGCACCUGAAUUCUCUGGCCAAUGCAGCUUCAAGAUACAAGAAGGUUCUGGAGGAGAAUCGAAAACUAUACAACCAAGUGCAAGACCUCAAAGGCAAUAUAAGGGUGUACUGUCGGGUUCGACCAUUUUUGCCUGGCCAGCCAAGUCGUUCGAGCAGUGUAGAUGAAAUAGAGGACCGUACGAUAACAAUGCUCACUCCUUCGAAACAUGGAAAGGGGAAGAAACCCUUCACUUUCAACAAGGUGUUUGGCCCAGCUUCCGCACAAGAAGAAGUAUUUACAGACAUGCAGCCACUUAUUCGAUCUGUUCUUGAUGGCUACAACGUAUGCAUAUUCGCUUACGGCCAAACUGGAUCUGGGAAAACAUUUACAAUGACAGGACCGAAGGAACUUACAAAAGAAACCUUGGGAGUGAACUAUAGGGCGCUGAAUGAUUUGUUUCUGAUCUCUGAGGAGAGAAAAGACACCAUUUCUUAUGAGAUCUCUGUUCAAAUGAUCGAAAUCUACAACGAGCAAGUCAGAGAUCUCCUCGCGACUGAUGGCGCCAAUAAACGAUUGGAAAUUCGCAACAAUACCGCCAAUGGCAUCAACGUACCAAAUGCAAACCUUGUGCCGGUUAGCUCGCCAUCAGACGUCAUCAAUUUGAUGAACCUUGGGCAUAAAAACCGUGCAGUUGGAUCUACCAAUAUGAACGACCGCAGUAGCCGUUCUCACAGCUGUCUCACAGUUCAUGUUCAAGGCAGAGACUUGACAUCUGGUACAGUUCUUCGCGGAUGUAUGCAUCUGGUCGAUCUAGCAGGAAGCGAAAGGGCUGAUAAAACCGAUGCAGUUGGCGAAAGGUUGAAGGAGGCUCAACAUAUUAACCGGUCUCUUUCUGCUUUAGGAGAUGUGAUCGCCGCACUCGCUCAGAAGGGCUCACACGUUCCCUACCGGAAUAGCAAGCUGACGCAGUUACUACAAGAUUCGCUUGGCGGACAAGCCAAGACUUUAAUGUUCGUUCACAUCAGUCCGGAGCCAGAUGCUCUCGGAGAGACGCUCAGCACACUCAAAUUCGCCGAGCGUGUUUCCUCUGUCGAGCUAGGCGUCGCCAAAACUAAUAAAGAUGGUGCCGACGUCAAAGAACUAAAAGAGCAGAUUUCUGCUCUAAAGGCAGCCUUGGCGCGAAAAGAGGGCGAUGAAACGGGAUCCCUUCACCACUCGGUAGCAAGCAGCCCCGACACAUGGGUCGCAAGAUCUUACGCCUGUUCUUCGACAGCAUCCUGGAACGAUAUCGGAGACUCUAAAACAGAGGAAGCGAGCAAUUCUACGUCAAGAAGGCACAGCUUGGAUUCUCAAGACCAGUUCCCCAACUCUCCUUCUUGGCAGGCUGCGCCGAGCAGUCCCGAGUCGACGAAAGAUGCAAAAGCUAAGCAGCAAAUGUCGAACAACGAUUCACCAAACGGAAGGAACAGCCUCGAAAACGGUUCAGCUGAUUUCGACGAAAUGGAAGCUGCAAUGAGCGAUUCUUCGGAACCAGAACACCAACUGCAAAUCCGCAUGAGUCGAUCCACUAGCAACCCGAGUGCCGGGGAAUCGAGAAUCCGGAAACCUGUUUCCAAGCCUGCAAUGAAAGGCCAAGAAAGAGUCGCCAUUCCUCAGCCAUCGAAGAAAGCUGCUGCGUCGAGCGCGCUCAGUCCUGUGUCAAACAAAAAUGUUCGACAACCACAGCCGGCGGCUUCAGCUGCGGCUGCCGCCGGUAGGCGUAAACCGGUAACAAAAGCUUCCCGAUGAUAAUCUGGAAUUAGAGCUGCUUGAAAAUUGAUGCAUGAUUUUUUUAUUUUUUUAUAUUUUUUGUUAAAUAUAUAUAUAUACAUAUAUUUGCAGUGGUGAUGAGAUUUUUGAUGUCCCACUGGUUUGAAGAUUUUGUGUUUGUUGUUGUUGUUGCAUUAUAUUGUUGUGUUAGUGAGAAAUUUUCGAACAAUUGUUGCUCAAAGCUAAGGUUCUUCA